AUGCUCUCCCUCCGCUCCUCCCUCUCCUCCGCGACCGCCGCCCUCCGCUCUGCCCGCGCCCUCCGCAGCUCCGCCCCCCUCUCAGUCCGCUUCAUGACCACCACACAGUACGAAUACAUCCUCACCUCUCGCCCCGCGGAGGGCGUCGGCCUCCUCACCCUCAACCGCCCCAAAGCGCUCAACGCGCUCUGCACCCCUCUCUUCAACGAACUCAAUGCCGCCCUCAAGGAGUUUGACGAGGAUGACAGCAUUCGCGCGCUCGUCCUCACCGGUAGUGACCGAGCGUUUGCCGCCGGCGCGGACAUCAAGGAGAUGAAGGACAAGGAAUGGCAAGUUCCUCGAGAGCUGGUCACGCUCUCCACCAUCCGCAAACCAAUCAUUGCAGCCGUGAGCGGAUAUGCGGACCAUUCCGCCGUUCGCGCUCCUAUCACUGCGUCUGGACCCAUACUCAUCCACCUGCUCUCUCUCCAGCUCGGCGGCGGGUGUGAGCUCGCGCUCAUGUGUGACAUCAUACUCGCCUCCCCCACCGCUACCUUCGGCCAGCCCGAGAUCAGCAUCGGCGUCAUCCCCGGCGGCGGCGGCACCCAGCGUCUGGCGCGCACGAUCGGCAAGUCGCGUACGAUGGAGCUCACGCUCACCGGCCGGAACUGGUCCGCGAAGGAGGCCGCCGAGUGGGGCAUGGUCUCGCGCGUCGUCGGCGAGGGCGCGGGCGUGGUCGUCGAGGAGGCUGUCGCGCUCGCCGCGGUAAUCGCGAGCAAGAGCGCGAUCGCCGUCCAGGCGAACAAGGAGGCCGUCAACGCUGCGUUCGAGCACACCCUCGCUGAGGGCCUGCGCUACGAGCGCCGCAUCUUCCACUCCAUGUUCGCGACCAAGGACCAGAAGGAGGGGAUGAGUGCGUUCGCGGAGAAGCGCAAGCCGACUUGGACCCACUCGUAA